AUGUAUGUUUCACUGACCAAACCACUCAGACAGUUGAUCAAAGAGCAUGGCAUGAAAAAUCUGAAAGCAGAACUUCAGUGGACACAAGAGGCUGAACGGACGUUCAUUGACCUCAAGACACAGCUAGCUCAUGCUGUGCACCUGAACUGUGCCAACUAUGAGUUACCUUUCUUCCUGGAUGCCUCAGAAUCUGGCUCCAGCGCACAUGGUGUCCUGUUUCAGAAAGACCAAGGCAGGAGAAAAGUGUUGAUGUAUGCGAGUGUGUUGUUAGACUGUGUAGAACAAAGACAACCAAUUUGUUCUCGAUUUGCAGCGGGUUUAGCUAAAGUUGUGCAUAAAACAUCACACAUUGUAAUGGGCCACCCACUGACAAUACUCACCACACACUCCAUCAUGUCAUUCGUAAAUUCAGCAUCAUUCACAUUUUCACCACUGAGACAGAGAAGAAUAGCUAAGAUUUUGACCAGUCCCAAUUUCACAUACACACAUAAAGGCAUUAAUAUGGCUGAUCUGAUGGGAGAUGGACAGCCACACGAUUGUGCACCCAUCACCGAGAGAGCAUCCAAAGUAAGAGAAGAUCUGUCUGCGGUGCCAUUGACAACCCCACCACCAGUUAUGACAUUGUUCACAGAUGGUUGUUGUUUCAGAGCAGAGGAUGGGAGCCUGAAGGCAGCCUAUGCAGUAGUUGAACAAGUGGGAAGCUCAUUAGUGACAAGGAAUGCAGGGAAGUUAGAAGGAAAACAGUCAGCACAGAGAGCAGAGAUGAUAGCAGUGACAAGAGCCCUGUACUACGCUGGUGAGACCCGUGUGAACAUAUAUUCCGAUUCAGCAUAUGUUGUAACAGCUGUCCACGUGGAAUUGCCCUUAUGGCAGAGGUGUGGUUUUAUCACAUCCUCAGGUCGACCAAUCACGCAUGCAUGCGAAGCCAGAGACCUUUUAGAGGCUCUGAUGAUACCCAAAGAGGUAGCAGUUAUUAAAUGUCCAGGACAUUCCAAAAAUGAUUCCCCUAUCACUGAUGGAAACAAUGCAGCUGAUCUAGCUGCCAAAACUGAAGCUGGCUAUGUUGCAACUCAGCAGGUGGUAAGAUCAGAUAGAGCCUGUAGUGAUCUUUUGCCUCGUUUCACUCGAGAAUAUUUGGUCAAAGAACAACAGAAAUCUGCCCCUGAAGAACAAUCAGUCUGGUCACAGCAUGGAGGCAUCUGUGCUAGUGAUGGUCUAUGGCAAGCGCCAGACGGACGUCCGGCAUUGCCUGUCUCUCUGACCGGUUCAAUGUUAACACAAGCCCAUGGGGUAAGCCAUGUCAGUGACAAACAAAUGAUGAGAGCUCUCGAAUAUUGGUGGCAUCCAUUUUUGCAAUCCAUGGUGUCAGGUCAUGUGACAAGUUGUUGUAUCUGUCAGGAACACAAUGUAAAACAUAGCAUCAAAACAAAGAAAAGUUCAUUUCCUUUGACAUCAGGCCCAGGGGAAGAGAUCGUGAUUGAUUUCACAGAUAUGAUCACAAAAGUACAUGGUAAACGCUAUGUUUUGGUGAUUGUUGAUUAUUUCACUGGUUGGCCAGAAGCGUAUCCUGUCGGCCGAGAGGACAGUACGGCCGUGAUAAAGUGUCUAAUCAAUCAAUACAUACCACACUAUGGGUUCCCACGUCGUAUCAGAUCUGACAAUGGAAGCCAUUUUAAAAAUGAACAUCUGAAAGUGGUUGAACAGGCUAUAGGCCUAACACAUGCGUAUGGUGCAGUUUACCAUGAGGCCAGCCAAGGUAAGGUUGAAAGUUUGAACCUGACGAUUAAACUCAAAUUGGCUAAAAUCUGUGCACAGACUAAAUUGAACUGGUUGUCAGCUUUACCCAUUGCUCUCAUGUCUAUUCGUUCUUCUGUCAACAGGAUCUCAGGCUUUACACCUUUUGAAUUGCUUACAGGUCGUCAAUUUCCAGGACCAACCACGGCGUUGAGAGAGGACACAGUGCAGCCAUUGUCACAUACUGUGUAUUUUGAUAAACAGCUCUGAUUCGAACCUUUUCCC